ACAGAUGCAGUAGGACACAUCUGUGAUACUUGUGCACACACUAAAAGCUGUGCUGCUUUAUAACUAACAAUUACACAAGAGAUUCUGCAGAUGAUGGCAAUUUUGAGCAACAUGCACAAAAUGAUGGAGGAACUCAACAAGUCAGGCGACAUCUGAUGUUGGCUCGAAACAUUGACUGUUUUUUUCCCUCCGUAGAUGCUACCUGACCUGCAGAGUUCCAUCAGCUGAUAGUCAACACAGUUUUAUUUUAAAAGGGAAACAGCUCACAGCCUCGCCUUACCCCAAUUCAUCCCAGCAACCCCCCUGUGUUUCUUCCUGUGGGAAUAAUCUCCAAAUUCAUCCUUUAGAAGUGAGUUCCUUUCUUCUGAACUCCAUGCUGGAUUCAUUACUGACAGUGAUCUCCCUUCACAGGGGGAACACCUUUAUCUACUAAAGUCUGAAAGACCCGUCAGGUCACCCCCUUGGUUCUCAUCUUACAAAGACUUCUUGCCUGUUUGGUGUGUUUCUCUGUAACAUUCUUGUGUGUGACUGUCCUGAGCUGUGUGUGCGGGCAGGCUGCAGAAAGGAGCUGUGACUGGGUAGAAGAGUGACGCUGCUGGACCAAGACGGGCUGAGGGAUGAAGCAGACUGUAGUUCUGCACAGCAUUCUACUGCCUCUGUGCUUGACCCUGAACUUCGACUGGACAAGAGAUCACCGUGGAUCCUUCUAUUAUGGGACCUUCCCUGCUGGUUUCUCCUGGGGUGUGGGCAGUUCUGCCUACCAGACGGAGGGAGCGUGGGAUCAAGAUGGGAAAGGAAUGAGUAUCUGGGAUGUAUUCACCCACAAGAAAGGAAAAAUAUUCCUGAAUGAAACAGGGGAUUCAUCAUGUGAAAGCUAUUAUAAAUUCAAGGAGGACAUUGCCUUACUGAAGGAGUUGAAGGUCAAUCAUUAUCGCUUUUCCAUCUCUUGGCCUCGAAUCAUACCUACAGGGAUAAAAGCCGAGCAAGUGAAUGAAAAGGGAAUCGACUAUUAUAAUGAACUAAUAAAUGCCCUAAUGGAGAGCAGAAUCCAGCCUGUUGUCACCCUGUACCACUGGGAUCUUCCACAGGUCCUGCAAGAUAGAUAUGACGGCUGGCAGAACGACAGUCUGGUUAACUUCUUCAAUGAUUACGCCAACCUGUGUUUUGAGAAGUUUGGUGAUCGCGUAAAACACUGGAUUACCUUCAACAACCCCUGGUCCGUGGCUGUAGAGGGAUAUGAGCUCGGAAUGCAUGCACCAGGGUUAAAGCUGAAAGGAGCAGGAGCUUACAGGGCAGCUCACAACAUUAUUAAGGCCCACGCGACAGCUUGGCACACGUACGACAGGCUCUGGCGCAGUCGCCAAAAAGGCAUAGUGGGUAUUUCCAUCACAAGUGAGUGGGGAGAGCCAGUGGAUAUUACCAGCCUACAGGAUAUUGAGGCUGCAGAGCGAUACAUCCAGUUUAAUCUUGGCUGGUUUGCCAAUCCAAUUUUCAACGGGGACUACCCUCAAGUUAUGAAAGACUACAUUGGGAGGAAGAGUUCACAGGAGGGACAGGUUAACUCCAGGCUGCCCGCCUUCACUCCGCAGGAGAAAUACUUCAUCAGAGGCACAGCAGACUUCUUUGGACUGGGUCACUUCACAACCCGCUACAUCACCAGCAAGAAUUACCACCACAGCAAGGGGCCAAGUUAUCACACCGAUCGUGACCUAGUGGAACUCGUCGACCCACAGUGGCCGGACCCAGGAUCCGAAUGGCUGUACUCGGUCCCCUGGGGCUUCAGGAGAAUCCUGAACUUUAUAAAGGGUCGCUAUGGUAACCCUAGGAUCUAUGUGACAGAAAAUGGAGUUUCGGAGAAACAGCUGUGUACUGAGCUGUGUGACAAGUGGCGAAUGCAGUAUAUGAAUAAUUACGUUAACGAGAUUCUUAAAGCUAUUAAGGAUGGUGUUCAAGUGAAGGGUUACACGUCAUGGUCACUGCUGGAUAAUUUUGAAUGGGACGAAGGGUAUUCCGAAAGGUUUGGCCUUUACUACGUUGACUUUAACAGUAAGCACAAAAGGAGGUACCCCAAGGCUUCAGUUCAAUAUUACAAAAAGAUGAUCAGCUCUAAUGGAUUUCCCAACCGUAGAGAGAUUGAACUUUGGCUGCGCAAGGCUGCAGAAGAAUGUUCAACCACCAAUGCACUGCUUGCCGCAGAUCCUCUAAUCAAUCAUAUGGAAAUGGUGACAGAGAUUGUGGUCCCGACCGUGUGCACCCUCUGUAUACUCCUGAGUGCUAUUUUACUGAUGUUCCUACUUCGGAGUCAAUGAGAAACCUAGACUACUGUUACAGUAUAUGAUGCUAUAUAUGCAAGAAAGAAAAUGGCUUCUUAAUGGUUUGUUUCUUCAGAAAGUUAGUUGAAAUAAAAUUUUAAUAAAAAUUGGAUUUGGUACUUCACCGGCAUCAUCUCAAAAAAUACUGUUUUUUUGCCAGUGAAUGAGAUAUUAAAUCUUGGAAUAAUAAAAUUCUUUUACUAAUAAUGCCAUCAUCCAGGCCUCCAAUUCAUAUUCCAUAACUGAGGUGAAGGAAUUCACAACAUGGUAACAGGAUUUCAGCAGUUCCUUCCAUAAAGGGCUCUGUGUACUAUCCAAACCCAACAAUGGUUAACUACUGACACAAGAUAUCUACCCAAUUUCCCUCGGAAUCAAUUAAGUAUAUCUAUCUAUCUAUAAUAAAUACCAUCACCAAGUGCAAUAUGUAUAGUGACAAUGAUAUUAUUUCAUGCCAAUGAAAAGGUCAUGCUGAAUAAAUCAGUCAGGCUUUCAAUGUGUCAUGUUGAAGCCCAUAACAACAUGGUCCAGAAAAUACUGGGUCAGUUAGUUAAACACAUUGGUGAAUUAAUAAUAACUGAUAGACAUUUGCCUAGUUCAUAUUAUAUAUUCAAUGACAUAUUUUUGUCUUCAAAAAUAUUUUUAAAUUAAUCUAUUACAUGUUUGGUUGAUAAACAUGACAGUGGUCAGGGGAUUUGUUCAAAUAAAAUUACCUUUGAAAGGCUCAAAUCUUCAGGCAAUAAUUACUAACCUGUAAAAUAGGUAUCAAAAGCAAUUUGAAGGUAAUUUUUUUUUUUACCCUAAUGCAAAGGUAAUUUUAAGUCCACUAUAUGAAAUUAAAACCUCAGCCAGGUACAGGAGAUGAUAUGAAAUAUUUGUCACUCGUAG